GAGGGGAGGGGGCGGAGCUCACAGCGGCCCCGCAACUUGACUCCAAACAGCUCGGCGCUGCCAUGUCUGGAUGACGAGAGGCGGACGGAGCGGAGGACAGGCUGGGCCCUCAGCCGCCACCAUGAAGAGGGACAAGGGAUGCGGCAUGAGGUCAGCCGUCGGCUUCCUGUCCCGGAGAGGCCUGCACGGAGACCCGGUCCUGAAGGAGGACUUCCAGAGGAGGAGGCUGCAGGCCUGUAGGAACCUCUACAAGAAGGACCUACUGGGCCACUUCGGAUGUGUCAACGCCAUCGAGUUCUCCAACAACGGGGGACACCUACUGGUGUCAGGAGGAGAUGACCGUCGAGUCUUACUGUGGCAUAUGGAGCAAGCCAUUCACGCUACAGCCAAGCCCAUACAACUGAAAGGAGAGCACCAUUCAAAUAUCUUCUGCCUUGCUUUCAACAGUGGCAAUACCAGAGUGUUCUCUGGAGGGAAUGAUGAACAAGUGAUCCUCCAUGACGUUGAAACUGGUGAGUCAUUGGAUGUGUUCGCUCAUGAAGAGGCAGUAUACGGCCUGUCUGUCAGUCCUGUGAAUGAUAACGUGUUUGCUAGUUCAUCGGAUGAUGGCAGAGUAUUGAUAUGGGACAUUCGGGAGUCUCCACAAGCAGAUCCUUUCUGCUUGGCACAUUACCCAUCGGCCUUCCACAGUGUCAUGUUUAACCCUGUAGAGCCCAGGCUGUUGGCCACGGCUAACUCCAAGGAGGGAGUUGGACUCUGGGACAUCAGGAAGCCACACAGCUCCCUGCUACGCUAUGGUGGAAAUCUCUCCCUGCAGAGUGCAAUGAGCGUGAGAUUCAACAGCAAUGGCACACAGCUGCUCGCCCUGCGCCGUCGAUUGCCUCCUGUCUUGUAUGACAUUCACUCACGACUGCCCGUAUUCCAGUUUGACAACCAGGGUUACUUCAACUCUUGUACUAUGAAAAGCUGCUGCUUUGCUGGUGACAGAGAUCAGUACAUUCUCUCUGGCUCUGAUGACUUCAACCUGUACAUGUGGAAAAUCCCAUCCAGCCCAGAAGCAGGUGGACCAGGCAGAGUUGUAAAUGGUGCUUUUAUGGUACUGAAGGGACAUCGUUCAAUUGUGAAUCAAGUUCGAUUCAACCCAGACUCCUACAUGAUCUGUUCUUCGGGUGUUGAAAAGAUUAUAAAGGUUUGGAGUCCUUACAAGCAACCAAACUGUACUGGGGACCUUGAUGGUGAAAUAGAGGAUGACUCUCGUAGUCUGUACACCCAUGAAGAAUACAUUGGACUUGUGCUCAACAGUGGAAGUGGUUUAUCACAUGAUUAUGCCAACCAGUCUGUCCAGGAAGACCCCCGAAUGAUGGCCUUCUUUGACUCGCUGGUGAGGAGGGAGAUCGAAGGUUGGAGCUCUGACUCUGACAGUGACAGCACAAUUUUACAGCUCCAUCCUGGAGUCAGUGAACGCUCUGCUUACAGUGAUUCAGAGUCAUCAACCUCAUUACCUUCUUCUCCAGCACAAAUUCCAGGGGAAUCUGAUGAUGCUGUCCAUGCAGGCGAGUCACAAAGAUCAUCAGAAUCGCCUUCAACAAGACCAGGACUUACAUCCCAAAAGUUGCGAUUACUGGCCUUGAGAAAGUAUCAAGACAAACGACUGUCAGCCAUGUCCAACAACUCUGACUCUGAGGACAAUGCUUGUGAAACGGAAGCAGAGGGUGAACCUUUCCCUCGCCCUCGUUCCCCAAGUCCUGAGGAAGAAAGAUCUAGCAGCAGCAGCAGCAGCAGUAGUAGCAGCAGCGAUGAAGAAGACAACCUUAAUGAUCGGAGGGCCUUAAUGAGACAAAGAAAUGCAUUAAGGCAGCAAAAGAAAAAUAAUAAGGAGGAAAAGACUAAAGUUAAUGUAGAAAGUGCAGCUGCCCUAAUCGGUGAGGAUGUAUACGAUUAUCCUCAAAUCACAGUAGAUGAUGUUUCAACGUCUGGCGAAUCCUCACCUGACCGAAGAGGUCCUAGGGAAGUAGACCGAAAAUCUUCACUGUGUACCAGCAUAGACUCUGUAGAAAGAAAAAUCUACAAAGCCUACAAAUGGCUUCAGUAUUCUUAUAUAUCUUAUUCUAAAGGUAAAGAUGGAGAAACUUCCACGGGUGAUGGUGACAGUGAGGAUGUGAGACCAGGAACCAGUGGAAGGAAUAGUGUGUUACCACCCACAAAUGAAGCAGACCAUACGUCGGGUCCGCUUGAAUGCAAAAACCAUCCCCCUGACAAUGAACCACUUAUGCGCAAAGACUUCUUAUUAGAAAGCCUUAACCUCCGUAAGAAGCAUCAAAAUGAACCUCACUCUUGGUUGGAGGAAUUAGAGAAUUCUUCUCAAGACACAGGGUCUAUAGAAUGCCCAUCAGAAACUAAAAAGGUAAACGGAACUGCUGUCCACACGUCAUGCUCAGAUGAUUCCUGUGAUCAGCUUGAGACUAGUGUGGUACAAACUGGCACAGAGACACAUGAGCUCACAAUAAACCAGCAAUCUCCUUGUUCUGAUAAUAAAAGCACAGACAAUAACCUAAGAAACCAGGAUGGUGAAAUGGAGGAUGAGGGGACAGAUAUUCCUUGUACUAAUCAUCAGAGUAAUGGUCAUUUGCCCCCUCAUUGCACAGACUGUAAUAAUAGCACUGGGCAGAGUUAUGGGGAACCAUCAGGAAGGUGCUCUUAUUGUUGCUCCAACAUGGAGACUACCAACUCUGCUCAGCCAUCAGUGCACAAAGACAUGUGUUUACCUGAAGUGGGCUCUAAUAGGGGUACCAAAGAUAACAACAUCACAUGUCAUACAAACUCUGGGGGUUUGCAGCAGUCUCCAAGUGGACUAAAGAGACAAUGGCAAGAAGAAUCUGAAAGUUCUUCUCCUGAAAAGAAAAUGAAAUUCUAAGUUCACCUCUCCAUGUCAUUGAAGAGACAUUUAAAAUGUGUGUACAAUCUGGUUCUGAAAUCUGGGGCUAUGUGUAUUCGAUUGCUUAAGCCACUGUUUGGCUUUAUGGGGCAUAGCCAACAUUUAGUUUGCACUAAAGGAAUCCGUGUUUUCUUUAAUCCGUUUUUAUAAUUUGGUUUCCCUCCCUUUUACAUUUACUUGAGAGAGCUGGCUUCUGCCGGGGGGGACUCACUUCUGUGGCUAUAGAUAAAAUAUCGGUGUGCAUCACCACCUGUUCGCGUGGAAGUAAUGCAGCGCAUUGGCAAACAAUCCGAAAUGUAACAGUCUUUAAAUAUUUUUUUAUUUUUUUCUGUACAUUGCCAAAGCAAACACUUUAAUAAUUACAUAUGAAUAUUUGUGACAAUAACUUUAGGAAUUACCCAUCAAAUUAAAGAAAACAAUUUUUUUUUCA